CCGACAAUAGUCUCUAUAGUAUUCCAAUACAACCCAAACAAAGUCGCAGCGGCCGUGGCCGGCGGGCUGUACUUCUCCGCCAGCCUUUGCCUGUUCACGCGCUUAUUCAUGAACAAAGCAUGGUGGGGACUUUGUCUCCCUAUAGGUUCAACCUUCAUGUCUAUUGGCCUUUUUAUGCGCAUACCCAUGGCGAUGUAUCCAAAUUCUUCCCUGAUUUUUAUGGCCCAAGAAUUCUACACCUUGUUAACGCCGGCCGCAUUCUUCGCCUUCAAUUACAUCUUAUACGGGCGUUUCAUUGUCAACUGCGUAGACAAACGCUACUCUUGGAUAAAACCAGAGAGAGUCACCAGGUACUUCGUGAUCAGCGAUAUCACGGCAUUCCUCAUACAGGGUGGAGGUGCUGGUCUGCAAGUGUCAAAAAAUGCGACAACCGACAAGCUGGGAUCGAACAUACUGAUUGCAGGAAUAGCCGUACAGGCAUUCUCCUUUGCGUUCUUCAUAUUUUUGGUUGUGCUUGCAUGGCGUAGCAUCCUUCGAGACGGUAUUCUGCCCCGUCAGGAGCCAUGGGGGCCGAUUCUUCGGAUAUUGAUGUUUUCGUCAAUAGCGUUCAUGAUUCGCUGCAAUUAUCGUGUCGCUGAGCUUGUUCAAGGUAAGAAUGGCUAUUUCCUCAUACACGAAAUCUACUUCUACCUCUUCGACUCCCUGCCACUGUUGAUUGGUAUUUCCACAUACAUCUUCUACUGGCCAACAAAGUAUCUCGACAACUCAGCCAAGACCGCACACCAAAUGAGCGACCUGGUUUAG